AUGAUCGACAAACGAGUUUACUGGUAUUUGUUUUUAUUCAUUUUUUUCGAGUCCACUCUUCUAAUUAGACCGUCUUUUCAUGGUCACAAUAAUGCGUUUGUUCAAGAAGAGAAUGACGUAGAUUAUUUGUUGGAGAACAUCCCAAUGAAGAUGCACAAGGAAUUCAGCAGUCCCGGGGAAGAUAAAAAGCGCCCAGAUUCACCUCCGUACGUCAAGUUUGAGCCUAGUAUUCUGGACUUCAAAGAACGCCAACUGGGUGUUCCGCACCAGGAAACCGUGACCCUGAUAAACAAGGACGAGAACCGAACGAUCCACCUUACAUCAAUCUCAGGAAGCACGCAGCACUUUCACUCUUCAUUCUUCCAGAACAAAGUGAUCCCGCCAUCAGGGAACACCAGCUUCAACGUAGUGUUCCUUGGCCGUGAAGAAGGUGAAAUCGAGAGCCACUUGCAGAUCCACACCUCGGAAGGAUCCUUCAAGUACCACGUGAAGGGCCUGAGCAUAUCUUCCCCGUACCGCUUAAGACCAGUGAUCGGAGUGAAACUUCCCCUGAACGCGUCGUUCACCCCGUUGAUCUACAUGCACAACCCUCACAGUGAAACGAUCCAAGUAGUGGAAGUGUACAGCUCCGGGGGUGAGUUCCAGCUUGAGCUGCCGACUGGAGAAGCCGAGGGUCCGCGCGAACUCUGGGAAAUUCCCGCGUACCAGACCAAGCCUGUCAUUCGCUUGCACUUCAACGCGUACAUGGAAAAGAACCACACCGCGUAUGUUCGGUUCAAAAUGAACAACAGCGCAGAGUUAAUGGUAGUCGCCGUGGAAAUUGAAGUGGGCAAUGGGGCUGGAAUUCACUGGGCGGGUCAGAGCGCCUGGAUCAACUUCGGAGUCGGUGGCUCGCUUCAAUCGCCCCUGAGCUAUCCAAUAGUGUUGCGAAAUAGUGCUAAAAAACCUGUCCGGGUGUUGAACGUCAUUAGCACGCCGAUAUCCAAGGCCCUGAAGAUCAACUUCGAGCCGAUGACGAUCCCCCCGGACACAGACAUUCCCUUAACAGUUGGCACCCUGACCUACGACUGGAAGUCUGCCCUGGACCUAAAGCAUUUAAGAGGGAAGUUAGUGAUCAAGAGCUUGGGUCCUGGUGGCAGCAACCAGAAAAUUUCCAUACCCUGGACUGCUGAAGUUCUCCAAGGCGGGCUUGAGCUGAAUGCCACUGUCACCCAUUAUUGUCCGCCUUACUCUCAUGAGCCGAGGAAUUUCAGUGUAGUGAACCGGUUUAGUGUCCCCCUGGCGAUAACGAACGUUACCUUGGCGCCAUCUGCCCGGUUGCUAUUCAAACUCAGCAACUUUAGUCCGCGAAUCUUGAAACCUGGUGAGAAGUUGACAUUAUUUACUUUGACGCUGCAAAAGAACAGCAAAGAUGAUGAUAAGCUAGACUCCUCUGUGUUUAUUUACUCAAAUGUCUCCACCACGGUGGUUCCCCUACUGAUCUACAACGGGAAGGUCAACAAGGUGAUUCCUGUUGAGUAUGAUGACGAUCAGCAGCGUGGGGUGAUGAACUUUGGAACUGUUAGCAGUGGGACUGAAAACGAGGCUGUCUUUGCUCUGGAAAACAAGAACCCGGUGAACAUUGAACUUCACGGCUGGGGGGUCAACAUGCCUGGAGCGGUGCUAGAAUUGAUGGGCUGCCAGUUUGGACCUACGGAACUGUUCAGCAAGGGACUUAGGAAUAUAACAGCCUGCGCGGUUUCUGGCAGCCAGAACAUCAAGCCGAAUUAUCUUGCGAUUUUCAAGAUCAAGGUGAAGACACCAACCGUUGAAGAGGAUACUAUUGUCGGAGAUGUCUUUGUAAGGACUACCUACGAGCGGCUAACCAUUCCCGUGUACAUGCGAGUCGCUCAUGGAAAGAUCACCCUGAAGAAGCUGACAUUUACAGACUGCUUUCCUGGGUCAGUUUGCACGCAUGCACUGAAGAUUCACUCUUCCUUUGCAAGGCCGAUGAAAGUUCUGUCUGUAGCUGCAACUAACAAAGACGCAAGGGUUCAUUACUUACCACUGGAGCAGACGGUGACCAUCACCAAGGGAGACAACAACAUAGGAACCAUUGUCAUCGACACUGCAAUUACUUGCAAGCAGAAUUGUUACUUAGGACUGUCCUUGAACACGACCACCGGCGCCCAAUGGCUGCAAACCAUGAACCUGCCAUCCCACGUCAGGGACCUGGACCUGAACUUGCUAAACUCUAGGUACAACAGGUUUCUGAACACCUCCAGCAACGACACCAUCGACAACAUCACCAUGAAACUUGAAACUACCGAAGUUCGUGGUUAUAAAUUCAACAUCAACGUCAGACCGAACUGGCCGUCAAUCCUGGAGACCCAGGGCAGGUCCAACAAGAGCUUGGUCUUCCCGCUGACUCAGGUAGGGAACACCAGCUUCAAAACCCUGAAGAUUCAUAAUCCCAGUGCUAAGGUGAUAGUGGUUCAAUUAGUGAUGGACUGGCUCUACCCUCAAGGACAGCGGCUGUACCACAUGCUACCUUCUAGGUUCAAAACUCCCUGCAACGACUGCGCAGCUUCUGAUGACUUCAAACUCACUGAUGACCCAGUCCUGGAAGAAGAGCGUCGGCGCUUUGAAUCUUUCUGGAACAUCGUCGUCAAGAAGAAUUCUUUUGCUUUGGUACUUCAGCCAAACGCUACCAAGAUCCUUAGAGUGUCCUAUACCCCUAAAUCAUCGGGACUAACCACCGGGCUGCUGUACGUAAGAAAUAAUCUGACUAUCCUGGAAGUAGUUCGCUUUGUCGGCAGGGGAGGGUACGCUCAAUUCAAGUUUGGGAAUAGGAAGCCCAACUCUCCUACGCCCCUGCUGUUUGAAUUGUCCGACAAGCACCUGAAGGAUUGCGAAAGGGAGCGACUUCGAAAGAACCCAGUUCCUAACCUGACCGUAAAGAGGUCCUUCACUGCAAGAAACACCGGAGAGCUACCGAUCAACAUCUAUGGGUUCUUCAUCAACGGUCUCCAAUGCGUCGGGUACGGGUUCAAGGUCCUCAACUGCGAGCCCUUUGUCCUCCAGCCGAACGCCACCAGGAAGAUUGACAUCGCGUUCACUCCCGACUUCACUCUCGCCAGGAUCGAACGGACCUUGAUGAUCUCCACCAGCCUUGGGACUGAAGACGACAAGAACAACUUGACCCGCGGAAUGGUCAAGCUGACCCUACUGACGACUGUCCCAAUGCAUAGCUUGGAACUCUGUUCCCGGGUCCUAGUCCGGCCAUCUUGGGAACGUCCAGUUCAAUGGGCUGCUGUCAGCUUGUCCUGUAUCCUCCUGAUCUGCGUCCUUGCCAUAUCUUUUCUGGAAGCUGAUAGGAUCCUCAGGAACGCAUUGGUGACUAUGUCGAGAAACAACGCUAGCACGGUUCAGCCUUUGGAUCUCCGAUCUUUAGCGGUCAGGGAGGAUAAAGUGGUGACUAAAAAGGAAGAGUGGAGUGGAAAGAAGAAAGACAAGGAUAAAGAGAAGGAGAAAGACAGGUUCAAGAUUCCUGAUUGGUCUCCUGAGGAAGAAAGGAGGUUCAAAAUUGAUAUGCAGAUGAAAGACGAGAAGAUGGCUGCCUUGGAGGAGGAAGAGGUCAAGAAGGUUAAGAAGAAGGAAGACAAGAGUCCUAAGUGUGUCAAGAAUGUGGAGAAGAGGAAGCACAAUAGUAAUAAGAAUGAUACUAAUAGUAAUAAUAAUAAUAACAAUAGUGGUAGUAAUAAUAAUAAUAAUAAUAAUAAUAAUAAUAAUAAUAAUAAUAAUAAUAGUAAUAACAAUGGUAGUACGUACAAAAAAUAUGAAACUAGUCAAAAAACCUAUUCGGAAGAAGAGACAUCUUCCACUACCACCGAAAGCAGUUUGCAAGAAGACGCUUUUAAAGAAGCGCCACCUAAAAUGGAGAAGGUAGGCAAGAAAGCGCCGAAGAAGAAGCCGAGAGUUCAGGAACGGGUCCAACAGGUGGCGCCACUGCCUGAUAAUUACGAAGGGGACUGCGACGAUGACGAGUACUAUGAAAACGGGAAGGAGAGGGAGAACAAUGUAAACAAAUGGCGGACAAACACGAACAAGGGGAAGAAGGAGGUGAAGAUUGUCGUGGAGAAACAAGUUAAGAAAAUGGCGCCGAAGAAAGACAAGAUAGCGCAGAAAAGGAGAAAUGAUAAGAAAGUGGUUCUUGCGGAGAACAAGGAGAUGAAGACGGUUCAAGUACCAGUGGUUCCUCCACCUCCGCCAUGUUGGGGGGAGAACAGGGCGAAGUUCAGUGACGUCGUGAGAAGUACUGAGUGCUUUGGGAAGGAGAAAAAAGAGGAGAAGGAGAAGGAGUGGUUUGAUAAGGUGACACCUAAACAGGAGCUUGCGCAGAAGGAAGCCAUUGUGUAUGCGCAGAACCAAGUUAAGAGGAGGGAGGAGAGUUUAAGCUCGAUUCUUAACACUCCGUCGAAUAGUUUCUUUAUUAACACAUUCGAGACGAACUACGAACCGGAAUUGGUUCCAUAUGACGAUCUUCCGGAGACGGACGAACCUUUGGUGGAACUGGAGAGUCUAGAAGAGGAUACCAGGAAUGGGCUGUGGACAGACAAGAGUCCGAUGAUGGGCUUGCUGGAGAACUACGCUGGGUUAGAGAAAGAGAAGUUGAGUAAUGGGAUUGACGAUUCGUUGAAGGAUAAUUGGCUGGCUGUGGAAACUAAUUGGGAACCGUUGUAUACUAGAGGAGCUGUGGGAGAGGAGAGGAGUGGGGUAUGGGGAGUUAACACUGGCGGAGUUUGGGCUGCUGCACCCUGGGGCGCGCCUACGCCUCCCACCCCGGUCACGGAAGAGGUUCAGGAACGCUCCGGAUUCGACCCCUUCAGAUCUCUGAGUACAAUUUGGACACCAAAUACGAGUUGGGACACGAAGAAAGAAUAG